CGGCCCGUGAUCCCCUUAAAUUUCACAUAAAAUCAACCUCUAACCCGAAUGAAUUAUCAACUGUAUACCUCUUGUCUCUCUUGAUUCUUCUUGUAACUGAGGUCUUUGUUUCCUCAUGCUUCAGUCUUGCUAGCAGGAUCCCAGCAGGCAGCUUGUAAAUUCCAGUGAGAAAACUGAGCAACACUUCCAAUUAUGGCUAGAGAACAACUGCAAGUGCUUGAUGCACUUGAUGCGGCCAAGACGCAGCUCUACCACUUCACCGCUAUUGUGAUAGCAGGCAUGGGAUUCUUCACUGAUGCAUAUGAUCUCUUUAGCAUCUCCUUGGUGACAAGGUUACUUGGUCGCAUUUACUACACCAACUUUGCGGCACCAAAGCCCGGAACCUUACCUCCGCGGGUCUCUUCCUCCGUUACUGGUGUAGCCCUUGUUGGCACGCUGAUGGGGCAGCUCUUCUUUGGAUGGCUUGGUGACAAAAUGGGGCGUAAGAAAGUCUAUGGCGUGACGUUAAUUCUCAUGAUCGUGUGCUCCCUCGCCUCUGGGCUAUCCUUUGGAGCAACUCCGAAAGGCGUCAUGGCAACCUUGUGCUUCUUCAGAUUCUGGCUCGGUUUUGGCAUCGGAGGUGACUACCCCCUCUCCGCCACGAUCAUGUCUGAGUACGCCAAUAAACGCACCCGUGGAGCCUUCAUAGCGGCCGUCUUCGCCAUGCAGGGAUUCGGGAUACUAACGAGUGGAGUUGUUGCGUUGAUAGUCUCUGUGGCAUUUGAUCAUGCAUAUGGCGCGCCCGCAUACGAGGACAACCCGGCAGCGUCAACAGUGCCGCAGGCAGACUACAUUUGGCGCAUUAUCCUCAUGUUCGGCGCCGUGCCCGCGGCGUUGACCUUCUACUGGCGUAUGAAGAUGCCGGAAACCGCACGCUACACGGCCCUCGUCGCCAAGAACGCAAAACAGGCCGCCCAAGACAUGGCCAAGGUGUUAAACGUGGAUCUCGAUCCCGAAGAAGAAAAAGUGGAGAAACUAGCACAAAAGCCAACAAACAAUUUCGGGCUUUUCUCGAAACAAUUCCUCAGACGCCACGGCCUCCACCUGUUGGGCACCACUACCACAUGGUUCUUGCUCGAUAUCGCCUUCUACAGCAACAAUCUCUUUCAGAAAGACAUUUUCAGCGCCAUCGGGUGGAUCCCGCCCGCCAAGGAAAUGAACGCCGUGCACGAAGUUUUCCGCGUCGCCAAAGCUCAAACUCUCAUCGCCCUCUUCGCCACUGUGCCGGGCUACUGGUUCACCGUGCUGCUCAUCGAUGUAAUCGGCAGGUUUGCCAUCCAGUUAAUGGGAUUCUUCUUCAUGACAGUUUUCAUGUUUGCCCUGGCAAUCCCAUACGAUCACUGGACCAUCAAGAAAAACAGGAUCGGUUUCGUGGUUAUGUACUCCCUCACGUUUUUCUUCGCCAAUUUCGGCCCUAAUGCUACUACAUUCGUUGUGCCUGCCGAGAUUUUCCCAGCCCGGUUGAGGUCAACAUGCCACGGGAUAUCGGCUGCUGCUGGGAAGGCUGGAGCAAUAGUCGGGGCGUUCGGGUUCCUAUACGCUGCCCAACCGAAAGACCCGAGCAAAAGGGACGCUGGAUACCCGGCAGGCAUAGGGGUAAAAUACUCACUCGUCGUACUUGGCUGCGUUAAUGCAUUAGGUUUGCUGUUUACAUUCUUGGUGCCAGAGCCAAAGGGGAAAUCGCUUGAGGAGUUAUCGGGCGAGAACGAAGAUGAUGUAGAUGAGCCGACCGGGCAAGCCCCAACAGCUCACAGAACUGUUCCUGUGUAGAUCAACAAAUUAUAUUACAUCCUUUGAGAUCUAUAGUUAAGUCAAAUUUCAGGAAGUUGCCAUAAAAUUACAACGUUUCAUUUCAUGUGUUGUGUGUUUGUUUAUAUAUAUUCCAUAUAGCUGUCCGAACAAUGCAAUACUAAAAUAUCUCCA